GGCGACAGUUGACACUUGACAUAAGUCGCAUAAUCAUAAAAAAACCUUAGAGUUAAACUGUCAAUUGUUAAUACCAAAACUAAAAAAAAUAAACUAAGAAUAAGUAAAAUAUUGCUAAAAUGCCGGUUCCUGGUGGUGUGUAUCAAAGUCAAGGUCCCUCAUGUUUCGACAAAAUGAAAAUGGGUUUCAUGAUUGGAUUUUGUGUCGGUAUGGCUAGUGGAGGACUGUUUGGUGGUUUCACAGCUUUGAGAUAUGGAGCAAGAGGCCGAGAAUUGGUCCACUCUGUUGGAAAAGUUAUGUUGCAAGGUGGUGGCACGUUCGGAACAUUCAUGGCAAUAGGCACUGGAAUUCGUUGUUGACUGGUCUCUUUAAAUUAAUAUUAAUUUGUAUAUAUAUGUUAGAAUUCUGAUAUAAACUUGCAGUUCAUCCACAAAAA